AUGGCUCAAACUUUACGCAUUACUUUAAUAAAACCAGGAACUAUAGUUCCUGAACUUCACUAUGGACCUUAUUAUUUUUAUUGGUGGAUAAUUUCAAAUGAAAAUGAAACUUUAUUUCCGAUUAGGCUGGGACAACAGACUAAAGUUUGUCUUAAUGAAGUAGAUUUCAUUUUAACUAUACAAACUGGUUCUGGUAAUAACAAAUUAAUGCCAAUGUAUUGUUGUCAAAGUGGUUUACAUGUUGUUACAGAGCUAAGUUCUACAAAGGCUAUUUCUACAGCUUAUAAAAACCGUUUCAAUACUUCAACACACUAUUCAGGGUAUCAAGCAAUGGGGACUUCUUCACGCGAAAAAUGGCAUUAUGCAGGUUCAGGCGCAACGCCAGAUGAAGUGUGGGAAAAAACAGGACAACUGAAAAAAUUUACCGGCACACAACUUUAUGGUCUUGAUAAUCCAAUUACAAAAAAUCUAAUUCAGCAGCAUCGAACUCAAUGCACUCUUAAUGACUGGAAUGAUGAAUAUAUUUUAGAAAGGUUAUUUGAUUAUCAUGUAAAAAGAAGAACUCUGGCAAAUGCUAAUUGGAAAUAUUUUUUUACAAGUUGGAUUAAAACUGAAAAUCCAAUAAUUGAAUUAGAACCUACUUUGCAUGCUAUAUAUCCAAAAGGAUAUGAAUUUAGUGAACGUGAAUUAAGUGCGUGGCAAACUAUGCUAAAAGCAGUUGGUGCAAUAAAUAUAACUCCUUGGUUAUCUGAAGAAUCAAAGCGUCAAUUAUGGACAAAAUUACCAAAUAAAGAAGCAGAUAAGGUAGCAUUUGCUACUUUAUAUAAAAGUGGUUUUCUUACUAGUAUUCCAAAGUAG